AUGAGUGAAGAAAUUGCUAAGUCAAAGAUGUGUUGUCCAUGCCGUGUCAUUGAGGUGCGAGUGAAAGAAUUGGAAGCAUUGUUGAAGAGCUCUGAAGUGGGUGACAUUGGAGUUCAUGAUGAGGUUGUCCACAAGCAAUUGGUGAACUUUAUGAAAAGGUGCUUUGUGUGGAACAAGAGCUUCAAAACCUUAAGGGUGGAAUCUUGGGUUAAUUCUAUUGAGAAUUUGUUUGAAUUGCUUAAUGUGACUAGGGAUAGUGUUAAGAUCUCUAUUGCUAUCCAAGAAACAAUAUACAAUAGGUUUUGGAGUAGUGACAUUGUUUAUGAAACCCAAGUUGAAUUGUAUGAACUUGUUCAAGGUGACAUGGAUGUUGAGUCUUAUAUUGCUAAGUUUGAGGAGUUGUGCUUGAAUGGUAAUAAUAAUGACUUGAAUGAAGUGUUAGUUAAUAGGGCUAUUUGGAAGAAGUGUAAUGAUAAUUGGAGAGAACGAGGUGUUGCUUUGGAAUAUACUCCACAUUGUGUUGAGUCAAACGUAGAUCAUGUCUUUCGUACUAUAGGUGCAAUAGAUUGGGUUGAUAAUUUGAUUGUGACUAUUGAUGGGGUUAGUAACAUCAAUUAUAUAAGUGAAGAGUUUGUUAGAGUUAAUCACAUGGAGGUGAAUGACUUAAGUGAACCUUACAAAUUACGUUGGUUGCAUGGUGGAAUGGAAUUGAGCGUUACUCAAAGUGUUAUGGUGGAUCUUCGCAUUGGGGAUCUUGUUUCGAGUGAGUCGCUUGAUAUUGUACCUAUGAAGACGUGUGACGUUGUCAUGGGUCUACCUUUCAUUAAGAAGUUGGGAAUGGUGUUUGUUGGUUCAUUGAAUGUGUUUUCAUAUCGAGAUCAUGAGAAUAGAGUGGGGCAAAAGGUGUUCUUGUUAGUUGGUGGUCCAAGGUUGUUUCCGUUUAAGAAAAGAAUAAAGUUUGUUGUGAGAACAUGGCCUUCUUUGGAGUAUUCACCAACGCCCUCUAGUGGAAACAAUGAGGUUGAAGAAGAAUCGCUUAAUCAUCAACAAGUGUCUGAGGAGUCAAGUGAUUUCCCUAGCACGUGGAAUGAUUCAAGUGAUAAAGAUUCAAAUGAUGUCCAAGGGAUUGAUACAAGUGAGUUUGUUCCAAAGAGCAAGCGUCUUGAAGAGAUUGACGAUACACAUUCAAAUACUGGUUGUAAUCGUAGUGAAGAACAAGUUCCUCAGUCUAGUCACUUGGGAAAUUCAGACCGUGGUUCUCCUUUAAGUUUGGGAAGUACAAACCAUAAUUUUACACAAACUCCUGGGGUGGAAAGUUCAAAAGGUACUGAUGCUAAGAAUACAAAUAGAAAGCAAAAAUCUGGACCUAGGGAGAUUUAUGCUAUCAAAGAUGUGUUAAGUUACAGAGUGAGUGUACAAGAAAAAUCAGAAGCAAGUUCGAGGAUUGGUUGGAGGUCGGAGCAUACUCUUGGCCAUUUGCCAGAUAAAAGAGGUAUGGUCUCUUCAUUAGCAGCAAACCGUUACAAUAUGAGAGAAUGGGAUGAAAAGUCAUGUUUUGUUCAGGAAGAUGUGUGGGCUAGUUUUAAAAAACAUUGGGAGAGUGAGUCUUUUCAGAAAGUAAGAAGAAUGAAUUCAAGUAAUCGUAAAAGUAGCAAGAAGGGACCAGUGAUUCAUACUGGACGUUCAGUCUCAUUUGUGGAGGAUGCGGCAAGGCUGUACAAUGCUAAGUUUGACCUGCGUGUAAUUAUUGGCAGGAACAUGUUCUUGGUCACAAGCCUUCGUUGUAUGAAGUAUUCGCAUUCACUCAUACCAUUCAGCAUGAUUUCAAGACCUUUGUUGAUUCCAAUUCUCAAACAGUUCAUAAAAUCUGCACAUUCUGAUGUGGCGGUACAAAGCAAGAAGCUUAUUCAGGAUUUAACUAGCAAGGUUGAGGCUUAUGUUUUGAAAAUGGAUAAGAUGCAAACUGUGAUGGAGAAGUGGCAAAAAACAAUGGAGAUGUGGUGCAAACAAAAUGGUGUCCCAUUCCUAGAUCUUGAUGUUGAGGAUGAUCAAACUCUUCAAGGCUUGAAUGGGCAAAAUGAUUAA